AUGGAUCCCAAGUAUUUUCUGAACAAAACCAACUUGUCGAACUCUGACGACUACCCGUCUCUGGAAGCUCUGGGUCCAGAGAUGCAAGUCGUCCUGAUCAUUGUUUAUUCUCUGACCGCUCUUUUAGCGCUGAGUGGAAACGUUACGGUUGUUGGGGUUUUGGCUCUAGGGAAGCGAUCAUCCCGCGAUCUUCGCAUUUUUCUCAUUAAUCUAGCUGUUUCUGAUAUCACCAUGGCAAGUUUCUCCAUUCCCUUUACUUACACAGACUUCAUGUUAGGACGGUGGAUAUUUGACCCUCACUUCUGUCCUUUUGUCCUGUUCAUGCAGCAUAGUUCGGUCAUCGUUAGCGUGUACACACUGACCGCGGUUGGGCUGGACAGAUAUUACGCUGUAAUAUACCCACUGCGUAAAGGUUGGACAAAAUCCAGAGGACUGUUUAUUUUAGUGGUUAUAUGGGUGGUUGCCUUUGGAUUCUCCAGUGUACAACUGAUCCAGAGCCGAGCUGAGAAGUUUCGAUGGGCUGGAGAAGACUAUUACGAGUGUCAGGAGACUUGGGACGAAGAGAGCGGCAAAAUAUACACCGUGACAGUCUUCAUCGUAACGUUUGUGCUCCCUCUGGUGGUGAUGACAUUCACAUACUCUAGCAUAGGAUGGAAAAUGUGGAAACACAAUGCUCCUGGAAACGCUGACGUCACUAGAGACGAGCGUCAUCUGAAAACCAAAUUCAAGACAGUAAAGAUGUUACUUCUGGUUCUGAUACUGUUCUCUUUGUGUUGGCUACCGAUUCAAAUCUUCAACUUGCUGGUUUACUUUGAUCCUGAGUUCUUGAUCUUCACCAACGAUGACGAGUAUUACAAGUUUGUUGGAACCUUCUUCUUUUGUCACUGGAUAUCCAUGGCUAACAGCUUCGUUAACCCUAUUAUCUAUUGCUUCAUGAGUGAAAAUUUUAGAGUGGAUUUGAAGCAGCUCGUGUUCUAUCACUGUAGAAGAAAGUCGAGACAAAAGAAAGACGUUGUUCCCCUUGUUCCAUUACGAGGAAGAUCGUCUGCAUAUAGUUCUACACUUCUAAUCACUUGUGGAAGUAACGUAACUGAUGUAAUGGUGUUAAAAUCCAAUACUGCAGAACGUGGUCGUAAAAGAGUUUCCAGUUUAGAUUCCAAGUCUAGAAUAUUACUGGUUACCAAAGGAGAAACGGAUAAUACUUUUGGUCCGGCUAGAACGCCAUCUACUUCAGAUAUGGGCUCCAGAUCUUUGUCAAGUGUCUCAGUUUAA